AAAACAGUGACGCUAUUUUAUAAAAGAAAUUCUCUAAUCAAAUCAUUUUUCUAACAUGGACGAGGAAUAUUAUUCUACUUUAUUCAAUUGGUUCGAAAAGUGUGGCGUGAUUUCGAAUAUCAGAACGCAUCUCCGUCAAAAUUUGAUAAACGCAUUGAAGACCAGAGAGCUGGUUAUAAAGAGCGACGGGCCAAGAUGCGCCAAGCAGUAUGUGUACGAUUUGCUUAUAGCCGAGUAUUUGUUUAAUCACAAUUACGCGUAUACCAUGUCUGUGUUCGCCAGCGAGGCACCGUUGUUAGUUAAUUUCUCUGAUAAAACGUUCCAAAAACCCGAGGGUGGGAGCAUUAACAAAGGGAAGUUGCAGACAGAUUAUAUAUUUCACGCUUUGGAAACGUUGGGCAUCAACCCCCGAGACCCUAAGGGCCAAUACGUUAUUUCGCAAUACGUCGAAAGCGAUACGCCCCUGCUUCUAUGUAUAUUAAAAUGUAUAACUAUGUUCUCUUAUAAUCUGCGCGACGACGUGCCUGUAAAAGACAAGGUCUCCCUGUGCAACGAGUCCACGCAGACCGAAUUCUCGUGGAAGUCGCACAGUUUGUAUGUAGAAAAAUUGUCCGCUUUAAAGAGGAAGAUUGAUACCCAUAAGCGAACGAUUGAUGACAAGCUACGCGAAAGAGAAAUGAUGUUGAAAGAGCAGGCGGUCGUUAUCGAGCAACAGCUCGAAACGUUAAACGAAAAAUUGCAUCUAGUCCAGAAUGCUAUGCAUAAUAUGAGUUUAAAGGAGAAACAGUUCAAGGAAGAGAUGCAAGCUAGCAAGCAACAGAUCUUGCAGAAAGAGAUUGAAUUGACGUUGAAAGAAAGAUUACUGUCGCAGGAAGCGAAUAGAUUGAAUAGGGAGCAAGACGAUUGUAAAAAAGUGGCAAGAUCGCGCGAACCGAAAGAGGUCCAAACUGGGGAAACGUUCGAUCAGUUUUUAAGGAGCAUCGAUGUACAGACGGACGGGCAGGAAGAUAAGAUCGAGAUACUUACUAGGGAAAAGGAGGAAUUGAGUGCUCUCAUUCGGGAACAACAGUUAAGGAUAGAACAGAUAACGCAACGUGCUCUUCAACUGUCUCGGCAAGUGGAGGACAUACGUUCGUUGAGGCCUGCGACGGAGGUUCCGACGCAGACCACCGUAAUCGUCAGUGAGAGUAGCUCGACUGAGGACAUAUUGCAAGACGCGAAGAUGAGGCUUAAGCGAUUAGAGGAGGAGAGCUUGAAAGCAGAUCAGUAUUAUUACAAUUUCAUUAACAAUUCUCCGUGAUGUUAGUUUUGUUUACGACGAUCAUUUAAACUCGUCUUUUUGUAAUUUAAUCGAAGGGUAGGAAUCGUGAAUGAAGGCUACAGGUUUUGGCUUUUAUUUUAUUGCGAUUACUGUACCUAUAUAGUACCUAUUAUAAAUUAUACAUAUA